UAUGGUUUGUAUUGGCAUUGCAACCCCCCAGUAUUACUCUGGUGUCUGGUCCACCCUGGCAUCAUAUUAUUUCUACUAGCAUUCACACAAUAGUCCAUGUGCACAAAAUAGUGUUCCAGGAGCAAACGAAAUUCAUUUGCAAAAAAUGAGAUUCAUAACGCCGUGAAACCAAUAAUACCAUAAUGACAAAAGCCGUCUGCCCGCAUAUGCAAUUAUUCCUGGCCAGAAACCAGAGUAUCACUCUGAGUGGCCUUAUAGUGAAUACCUGUCGCUAUGUUGUUAUAAUUAUAUACAGUUCAUUUAGUCUAGAGAGUAGAAUACCACAAAUGUGUGAGUAGUUGAACUUAAAUGUAAAUAUCUUUUGAUUGGAGCAUUUCUAAGAAAUGGUGUUGAUACCCGUGUGUAGAUGAAUGACUGAACUACAACAUAUCCAAAAAUGUUUCCAUGGAAACAUAAGAUGGUGGGUUUGUGGUGAUUAAUAGAACAACAGCAAAUUGUUAUAGUGGGUAAUCGGUUAGAGUAAUAAAACACUAACUUUAAACAGCUAAGGUCUUAGACUUUUAUCACACAAUAGUUUAAUGGUUUAGGUAUCCUGAUCAUCCCUUUAUGGGUCUUACAUAUGCUCACAGUGUCUAUAAUUCAAGAUUUACCGGUUUUUAGGUACACUUUUGGUUAGAGUAAUAACUUUUGAAAAAUUAAUAGCUUAGCUUUCAAAUUUCUGUAGUAAGUUUACAGAUAAAUGGGCUACAUUUUGAUACCAAGAACAUCCUAUAUGCUUAUUCCAUUGCUGAGAUAACACUGAAAAGCUACAUAAUUUACUAUUUGCUACUGUUUUGAUGACAUCAGCAGCUGCAAACCACAAACCAAUGAUGCUUUAAUCAACCACAAACGUAAUUAAAAGUGGACGUACAGUUAUUGUACGCCCACUUACGUGGUUAAUUUGAGUGUCAUCGAUUUGUGGUUAGCAGCUUGUGAUGUCAUCAAAACAGUAGAAAAUAGUAAAUUGUGCGAUAUAAAGUUAUGCAAGUAUUGCAUAAAUAGUUUUGUAUCACGCAUACAUUUCUAGCACUACGGUACUACAUAAUUAUACAUGAUGAGGUUUAUACAUGCUGAAACCUGUAGUGUGACAUGCAGUGCAUGCACAUUAAUGUCGGUGGUAACGUGUCAAUAAGGGUAUGACCUGUUAAUGUAAAAUUCUGACACCAACAAUAAUUAUACCUGUUCACCUGUUCACCUCUUCUAAUAGUUUCAACGGCGAGAGGCAUUAGCACAGUGCAGCUUGCACCACUUAUUUAUUCAUACCUUAAUUUGAUACGGCAAAUAACCACAGUAAAUUCAAAAUGCAGUACGUAUCUUAUAAAAGGAUGAAGUUCAGGGCGGUAGGUGGUGCUUUAGGUGGAAAUCGUCUCCUUGAGAUAUUGCUACCACAUCUUGGUACGAUAUCGAUAUCAACUUGUACUCUCCAUAAAGUCGUUGAUUGUGGUCGCCAAUAGGCUAUAAUACUGUAUAUGAACUUCGUAUUUGAUUUGUAUAUUUAAGCUGGACAUAGACAUAUCGAGAUAGUGGUCUGGCAGGACAAACAAGCAGAUUUCCACAAACUCUUAAUACGUCCUCUGUGACAGUAUUUUGUGAAGAGUCAGUCGAUGGGGUGGUGGAUCCUAGUAUGUCCAUUCGUAGUGCUAUUAGUCUGUCAGAGGACGUCCAAGUCAUUGAGUGCUCAGAGCACCCCCCCUUUGAAGACCACACCCUCUCCCCCGAGCAGUCCUGUCCAGAGAUAAGCAGUGAGCAUGCCAUGACCUUCCAGAAUGUGUCCUACUCGGUGAGGGGAUUCAACAAGUGCCACUGGACCACCAAGACCAUCCUAAGCAAUGUCAGUGGAGUGAUGGUUCCUGGGAUCAACGCCAUUAUGGGACCCACGGGAGGUGGAAAGACAACUUUACUGGACAUCCUAGCCAAGCGUAAGGGCACCUCUGGACUCUCACAGACAAUCACAGGCUCUGUUCUGCUCAAUGGAGAGCAUUUGCCUGGCGAUUUUAACUUAAGAACUGGCUAUGUCGUGCAGGAGGACAUUUUGGAAGGUAUUUUGACAGUGAGAGAGAAUCUCCAGUUCUCUGCUGCUCUGCGAUUGCCUCGGGAUAUUACUAACAAGGAGAGGUCACAGAGGGUGCAACACAUUAUCCAUCAGCUGGGCCUCAUCACCUGUGCAGACUCUACAAUUGGCACAGAGUUCAUCCGAGGGGUGUCAGGGGGAGAGAGGAGGCGGACAGUGAUUGGGAUGGAGUUGAUCAUAGACCCAGUUGUAUUGUUCAUGGAUGAGCCCACCACUGGACUGGACGCUCACACGGCCGUCUCUGUAGUACAGACUCUGCAGGAUUGGUGUAUGGAGGACAAUCGACUGGUCAUCCUCUCCAUCCACCAACCUCGUUACUCCAUCUUCAAACUGUUUGACAGUCUCACUCUUCUCUCUUUGGGCAGCGUCAUCUACCAGGGCAAGGCAAGUCACGUCGUUAACUACUUUGGUAGACUUGGCUAUGGACUUGAGGAGUUGGAAAAUCCAGCAGACUUUUUGUUGGACAUUCUCAACGACUCACAUUCGGCUAUCUCUCUUCACAGAAGGACGGUCCGCAAACACAAGCCAAAGGAGACGCUGAACCUAAUACAAGAGUUCCAGAAGUCAGAGGAGUCUCAAGUCAUUGAGAAAUGUCUGAAACAUGCCAACACUGAGUCUGAACCAAGUGCUAGGAAGAGAUGCAGCGACUCUUUCCACCAGUCCUGUAGGAGGAUGCCCUCCACAAUUGCCACUUUCUUCUGGCAGGUGUGUGUUCUUGCCGUUCGAUCAACAAUAGCGAACUUCAGGAACCCUACAACUGUGCUCUUUCAGGUUCUUGUUAUGACUGUUGUUGCCAUAGCGUUAGGCAUCUAUUUAUUACGUAUUGAUCAGCAGACCUUUGAUGUACAGGACCUAUACGUCUUGCAAAGGACAGGAUCGUUUUUCUACAUUGUACUGGCUCAAGACUUUGUGAUACUGUCUGCUUUUGACCUGUUUAUAUCUGCAAGAGCUCUGUUUAUUCACGAAAAUGGUGGUGGUUUCUAUCGAGUCUCCUCCUACUUUAUCUCCAAGAUCAUCACUGAUAUCGUCCCACUCAGGCUCAUUCCGACAUUCAUCCUCGCUGUAUUAACAUACUUCAUUAUUGGGUACCAGGCAACAGUGGACAAAUUCUUCAUCUAUCUACUCCUGUUGUCCCUGGGGACCAUUACCAGGACAUCCAUAGCCUUUGCCAUCAGUUCCGUCGUAAGGAAUCGUUCUAUCGCAUUGGUCGUCUACUCUAUGAUAAAUCUCGCCAUGAUCCUGUUUAGUAGUAGUUUACUGUCACUGGAUGGACUGCCCAACGUCCUCUCCUGGCUAGAGUACCUGAGCGUCUACCAAUACAUUGUGCAGUCAUUAUCCGUUAAUGAGAUUGUGGGUGUUUUCUACAAUGCCACACCCACCAACAUCAGUGGGCAACUGUUUUGCUUUCCUCAAGAUGGCUGUGUCAAUGGUACCGCUGUUCUAAUCAACAACAAUUUCCGUACCGACUUUGAAUGGAUCUGGGUGAGCACGGGGGCUUUGAUUGGAAUGACUGUAGGUUGCUGGGCCAUAAGCUACCUCCUUCUGCGCUGUGCCAAGAAACAUAAGUAGUGCAGGGGAACACAACACUAUAUAACUGAUUGCUGACUAUAUACUCUACAUUCAUGCAUGUGUCUAUAGUUUUUACUGACUCUGCAUGACUAUGCAAUAGUAAAAUUGCACAAUACUGUAUUACUAGCGUGUGAAAAACCUUUGCGAAUGAGCCAAAUCAGACUUUUAUCUGUUUUUAUAA